CUCGGCUCCUAGUGUUCAAUGGUGACAUAAGAUAUGAGAUCACGAGGGAUUGAAUCGCAGAAGAGAAUUCCAGAGGCAUCUAUGUUCCUCAUCACUCACGUCUUCGGGUCGGCUAAUGCGGCGCAGCAUCUUGUCAGUGUCUGGGGACGCUUGCGUGAUAGGUGAUGACGGCGGGGGCCUCGGUGGUGUGGACCUUUCGUACGAGGACCUGUCUAAAAACUUUGAUGCCAACCUGGCGGAAAUCGACAUGGAGACCUUCAGGUCGGAAGACAUUCACGCCAUCCUCACGCUUCCUGCCCUGUAUGGAGGGGACUUCCAGUCGGCCAGCCGCGGAGAGGCUCUGCCCCUGGAUGCCUCAUCUGUGCAUGCAAAAACUGAGAGCAGCUCCGGGCACGACGAGGACUCUGGCGAGAUGUCCAUCUGUCGGGACGAGCCGCUAUUCUCACCCGUCAAGGAGUGUGGACCUCCGUUGACGAGCGGACGGGUCGGUGGUGUCAACGGGGGUGCCCUCUCCACGGACAGCCUCGACUGCAGCUCAUUCGAGGAGCACGACCUAGUGCUGACGUGCCAGGCCAAUAAGGACAACUACACGAUCGCCUUCCAGCAGAGCGGGACACACUUCUCCGACGACCUAUCGGAAGGCAGCGUUCCCUCGGACCAGCAGAGCCACCACAGCGGCAGUGCUGUGAGUGCUACGCAGCCAGCGAGUGGUGGUCCUGGGUCCAUGGCACGGUCCGAGCUGUCCUUCACCACCUGGCACAGGCUAAGGUCGUCAGGCAUUCGACUCAAACCGGAUUCGGACACAGGAAAGAGCCAGAGCCUCCCCAACCUUCUGCGACGGUCGGCAGCCGUGGCAGGGCGCAUGGAUGUGGCCGGCAACUGCCUGCCACUCUACACUCUACAGGCAUCUACACACGGCACAAUUGAUCCACCCGAUGCCCGGUCCGUGUCCCUGCUGCGCCUCUUCAUGCGAAGCAAGGCUGGCAGCGGAGGUUCUCUCUCCAGCAGCCAUUCCGAAAAUUCGGAUUCUGUCACCACACCACGGGACGGCGCUGCUGCUUACCAACUGCAGUCCAGCGAGGACUCCAGCGGUUCCAUGGACUCCAAGAGCGACAGCAGCGAAGACCCACCACCUCCGCCAAAGCCCGUGGAACCACUGGUGCGGAAAGUGCUGCGGGCCAGCACCAACCUUGUGGGCAGGGAGGCCAACAACAACAACGUGGAACCCACGGCUGCCAACGACAAUGAACGGCUGAGGAUGGCGACGUCGGAGAGUGAGGAGGAGACGUCGCAAUGUUUUGAGGACAGCCUCGUGGAAGCGGUGCAGGCACGCAUGAAGCCUGCUAAUGCGAGGAGCCCCAUCCACGAGGAAGAAGAACCGUUCGAGUCCAGUGGGGACGAGACAAUGAAGGACAGCCGUGACCUGCUGAGCAGUGGCGGGGGCACGUCUUCAGACAAUGCGGGAGUCAUCGAGCGGCGCAACAACGACGUGAACUCUUCACUGCGCUGUGCCAAGAGUGGUGCACUGCUUGGUGGCCCCUUGGGAAAAGAGAGGAUAAAGAACGUCUUCACGACAGUGAAUAAAAACAGCAAUGCCGUGGCUGCGGAGUCGGACGAUCGGCAGUCCAGCCGCAGCACGCAGACCAAGCGCUUCAACUGCAACGACGGCUCGGGAUCCGGUUCUACGAGAAAAGUGUCGGACAGCAGCGGAAGCGGAGAGGAAGGCCGAAACGCACGCUCUUCGAGUCUCCUCUCGAGUGGCUACGUGAGCCGGCAAAACUCUGUUGACCAGAUUCACAGGCAGACGUUCCUCCUUAGUGCCGGCGGAAACAGGAGAAAGCAGACGCCUACGGCCAUAGCUCGAAUGAGGCACUCGAGCACGCAAGUGCCCGUGCACAUUCGGGAUCGUGGCAUUCAGACCAGCGUGGAGGGGGCCGUGGCUGAGAACUCUAACUGGCUGUACACUGUCGAUGACACGUCGGCAGCAGUGUCGGGACAGCGAAGCUUCAACUUGACGCUGCGCCCACAAGAAGCCAUCUUGAAGCAGGACGGGGAGCAAAAGAGAUCUAUUUAUGUCUGCUACCCAAAUUACUCCCUUCCAGAUCUCAGUUUCCUGAAGGAAUUGGCUGCAGCCGAGGACAAGCCUGACCUGGUGUUUCGUCCUACGCAGCACAAGAUGCCGCAGCCUGGUGCGUCGGAAGCAGCGGCAGAUGGCACUGCUGCGUCGGCGCAGGUGCCGCCCAACGAAUCGCCCGUGCUGCACAGGCGCACCCACAGCAGCGAACCUCACUGGCGACGACCCAAGUCGUGCAAUGACUUCGAGGACCUCUCCCGGCGCAACCUGAGUCACAUUCAGGACUGGGAUUCGCUGAGUGUGCUGCUGCCCGCUGAAGUUAAGGCCAUGGUAUCUCACUUCCGCCAUGCGGCUCCUUCCUCAAAUCUCGCUUCGGAGCAACAACGGGGAUCCUGCGCAAGCUCUCGGAUGAGGCCAACAGUCGGCCAAGGAGCCAGUGCGACACUCUCGCUGCAGACGUUGACAGGAUCUCUGCGGGCGCCUCGAAUGAAUUCGCCAACCGGCGGCACUCGCUGCAAGACUACCGGCGUCUCCUCAAGGGCCUUCCUGACAUGGAUGGCCUGCUUCCACCCUGUCCGAACUUGGCCUGCAGCGGAGGUUUGCAGCGCGACUCCUCACUGCCCCUGUCCCGGACCAAUUCGGAGGGGUCGUGGCGGCGUGCCGGAGGCCGGAACGCGAGGCGCUCUGUGCCGCUGGCGGCCACCUGCUCGUCUUGCCGUGCCAAGAAGGCCGUGUUCCCUGGAGAGGCCAUCGAGGAAGAUGACGCUACUGUUUGGUGGCAGCCAAGAUGACCAGCAUGCUCCCCACGAGUUUACUUUGUCACCUAAAGGUCUCUCACCAUCGUGGGGUAUGUCACCCUUGUCCAGGAGCCAGCGAGAGCUCGUUGAGCAGAAAAAGGGUAAGUGGUCUAUUGACAACACGAUGCGGUCUAUAAAGCAGGUUCUUGACUGCUACAGCACAGAAAAGGAAUCCCAGCCUGCUGUGGGAGGUGGGCCCGAACCGUGUCUGUCUGAAGGCAGUGCUUGUGGCCGUCUGGCAAUAGAGUUCCUAGUGCCCGCACUUCGAGAGCUGCUGUCCGAUGGGCUGCUGCCGCACGUGCGGGGCGUGUUUGGUCGCCUACCCAACUCACUCUGGCACCUGGCUCACUCCCUCAGCCAAGCCAAGGAGGGACGAAAAGAAGUCCAAGAGCUUGUAGAGUACAUCGAGCAGGCCGACACUGCUUUCCAUGGUGAUGGGGAGAAAUUUGGUGCCUGUUGCUUGCUGUACAAACCGGAGUUAGCCAUAGGAGAUGUUGGUGUAAAACGUAAAAAGCCACAGACGUUGUCAGAGGUCCUGGGCUGCCUGGACACCUGGUUCCUGACGCUGCUCUCCAGCCCGCAGAUACUGCAGAAGCACUACCAGACGUCUGCCGCUUUUGUGCCGCUUCUCUCGCAUCCCAGCUUCUUCCUGCGCGAAGAGCUUGCCUGCAGCUUGCGCUCCCUCUCCGAGCUUCCCUUUGGCUUCAGCCUGAGCUUCGCCCUGGGCGUCGAAGCGCAGAGCCUGAAGAACGCCAAGCCCGCUUCCCGCAAGUCCCCGGCGGCCUCAGAGCCCCCCCAGUGUAGGCUCCCCGUGCACCCCUAGUGACGAGAAUGGCCU